AUGGAUCGGCGAACGUUAUUGUUCUUGAUCAUUAUGUUCUUGUUCCUCUCUUUACCGAGUGGGAAUGACCAGCCCCACUCGGAAAAGGAUAAGGAAACACUUACUCAAUUUCAGAAGGAGCUUAAAAGAUCAACAGGAGAGCUUAAAAAAUCCGCGUAUAGUACAGGGUAUGGUAAUAUAACAGGGUUCGAGCUAUCGUAUAACGAUAAUGUAAAGAACAAGAAGGUAAAGGAUUGGCCGAUUCAUAAGUAUAAUCCGAAGCAUCCCUGGAAGGAGGACCAGGAAUUUUCGAUUCUUCCAAAUGUCGUUAGUGACAGGAUCAAGCUGUUUUGGGGAACAGAUAAAGUAGACUCAGAUGAUGACAAGGCAUACCUAUUGAAUAUUUCGGGGAGAGCUUAUGGAGAGUUUGCUAAAUGGGAAUUAAAAGAACCGUUGAAAGAGUACGAGCUAAAGCUCCCAACGUAUUUGAGUGACUACUACAACCAAUAUAACAAGGAGCGAUAUGAUGAUCCUGAGGAAGGAUAUAAGUUGGAUGGCAAAACGACCGAGCAGAAGGAGGUUACUGAUGCUCCAAAGGUUGGUAAUAUUACUAAUAAAGAGGGUAAAAUAUCAUUGAAAAUCAAGGGUUCAGAUUAUAACUAUAAGCUGUCAAAGUACCGUGACUUGAAGGACUACAAGAAUUUAAAGAUAGAUGAUGCAAUUCUAGUAUCUCUUGAUAUAAAUAUUCAUGAUUACGAUGAAAUUGAAGAUACUGAAAUAGAUUCAAUUGGGAUAUACUUUCAAAAGAUUGGUGCAAUUGUUGCCACGACAAAUUCUGCUAAAUUUCUAGGUGAUUAUGGCCUUCCACACUUAGGUUUCAAUGAAGAGAACUUCAAUAUAUCCAAAAUAUUAAUAGGGCAGCAACUAGAAUCUCACAAUAUAGGUCAGGACAUAACAAUUGACAGCAUGAAUUCAUAUCUUUCAAGGAGUGAGCAAUGCGAGUUCUUGUCGUUUUUCCAAUUUGAAAAAACAGAUUUUAACAAAGAAACGUUGAUAGAAAUUGACGAUGAGCUUAUGCAUCCGUGUGGACGGCCGAUACCAAAGCAUUUGCCGAAUUUAGAGAUAAAAGAUUAUGUUUUGUAUUCGCCUGAUUGUGGGUUAAUCUUGACAACGAAAGCUGAAUCUAAAUUAGAAGGAUUAAAAGUAGAAGUUCUCAAUAAGAAAUUGAAAGGUGCUUUGUCGGGCUUAUUGAUGCUUGUUUGUUUACAAUUAAUAUUAUUUCUCAGACAAAUUAAGAAAACAAGAACACCAGGGCAGUUAUCUGCAAUUUCAAGCAAAACCUUGUUCUUCAUUGGAUUUCAGGAUUCAUUAAUCGUAUUAUUCUUCUUAUUGAUGUCGACAAUAUUUGGAGACUUGUAUCUCUUACUAACUUGCAUUGGAGUGAUAGCAUUUAUAAUGUGUGGGAUAUUUGAGGUCAGAUUCAUGAUAAGCGUGCUAACAAGCCAGGCCAAUGAAAGAGAUACUACUUGGUGGGAAAUCUUGAGAGGUGGUUCUAGUCUGGCAUCUGAUACAGAAUCUCCAGCUGCCGCUCAGACAGAAACACCUCAGCAACCAUUUACUGGGAAUGAUGAGACUAGGUUUUCUAAUAGCAUAUUUGCUAGUGGAUUUCCCCUUACUGUAAUUGCUACCUUCAUAAUAUUUAACUCAUUAACUUGGAGGGUCAAAUAUAGGAGAAUUUUCGAGUACGUUGGCUUGAUUAUAACGAAUACUUACUGGAUUCCCCAAUUUUUGAGAAAUACUUUGAAGAACAGAAGGCGUUCUCUUUCUUGGGAGUUCAUAGUGGGUACAAGUGUCUUGAGAUUUAUUCCAGUCUUCUACUUGAGUAUCUUUCUGGAUAAUCCAUUAAGACAUCACAAGGACCAUUUCCUACCAUUAGUACUCUUUUCCUGGUUGCUGGUACAGAUUUUCUUGCUUUUCUUACAAUCUAUUUUGGGUCCUCGCUUUUGGGUUAAUGAAAAAUGGUUGCCUGAUGCAUACGACUAUCAACCUGUCCUCAGCGUCCACGAUUUGGAAAACGGAUUCGCUUCUGACAUAUUAUCUAAUAUAAGAACAGAUCAGGAACUGUCGAAAGUUGUUGAUUGCAAAGUUGAUUGUGCCAUAUGUAUGAACGAGAUUAAUCUUCCAGUUGUCACAGAUGACGAUUCUAAAAAGAAAAUCACCAAGAAGACUUAUAUGAUCACGCCUUGUCGACACAUAUUUCAUGAGGAAUGUUUGCAAGAUUGGAUGAAGUAUAAGCUUCAGUGUCCAGUUUGUAGAAAUAGUUUACCACCUAUUUAA